GUAAUGGAGUAAUGAUUGCAGGAUUUGAAGAAAAACAGCAGAUAGAAGGAUGUUCACAAGGAAUAUCUUACCUGUAAUUAUAAUCAUAAAUUAGAAUUAAUAAUAAAAAAAGCGAAAGAGGACAUACCUUUAUAUAUAUUUAUGAACAAUAGACCUAUGCUUACGCCAAUAGACCACUAAAGAAUGAUAAAUGUUAUUAUUUUUUUAUAAGGCGUAUACUUUAAGACUUACAGUAUAUAUAGUCUCAUUAUCUUAAAAAUAGGAUCAACGAUGGAAUGGUGCAUAAACCUUGACUGAUAGCCUUGUUAAGGGUACGUUAUCAUGCUAUAUAUUAAACAUUGAGUGUUGGAUAAUGGUCUAUCUAUAAUUUAUACCUAGCUUUCGUUUAAAAAGUGUUGAAGAAAAAGAAAAAAGAAAGAAGAAAAUUCAACUAUUUCAAUGGAAGCCUAUUUUGGUGGUUACAAAAACCAAUUGGUGUGUUAUCAGAUUAAGUUCUGGGGCGUGAUUUUUGAAGCCUUUUUUUAUAAUGACGACUACAUGCUGCAUUGGGGUGACACUGUAUCAAAGCCAUGCAAAAGAAACAACUUACGUUUUAAGGCUGAUUUACGUAUCGUCGUAAUGUCUAAGGAUGAAGAUGUUGUUGAUGGUAGAACCGCCGAAGUUGCAAAGAAGGCCUCACCAAAGAAGUUGUUUAUGGACAAGCUCAAAUCUGUACUUGGUACCAAGUGUCAUGUGAACAAUUUCCUCUCCUCGGUUCCCUUUAUUCCAGCAAAAGACAUUAAGAAUGUAGUGUUCCCUAUCGUACAGAUUAUGGGUUUCGAUGUCCAUAUCUACUCCCUCCAAUUGGUCAACAGGGGUUUAUACCUAUUGCAAGAUCUUGAUUCUUUCUCGUGUCCGACAAAUUACACGUCACUUAAGCACGGUUUAGCUAAAGUUAUCAACGGUCUAUCAUGCAUUGAAACAAUGUAUGGAACGUAUCAAAUGGAUCAUGAGGACGACAUGGCAAGGAUUCUCAGUGGUACUAGUAAGAACAAGAGAACUCCUAUCAGCUCUUGGACCACGGAUAUAAUUUGGAAUGACCAAGAAAAUGAAGAUUUCGAGGAUUCCGAAUCUGAUGAGAUUAACGAUGCAUGA